AUGGAUGGCUUGCGCGCGCGCUCGCCCUCGGUCGCCGCGCGCGCGUUCGAGCGAAGCGACGGUCGGGACGACGCGACGUCGUCGGGGACGAUUGAAUUUGCACUUUUUGAAUGCAAAAGGAUUACGCGCGGAAACGCCGCGAUGCAGCGCGCGCGCGCGUCGGCGUCGAGCGCGGUGGUCGAUGAUUACGUCGCGUAUCUCGGCGGUGCGGUGUGGACGAUGGAUUGGCUCGCGCGCGCGAAGACGGCGGACGCGCGCGAAGGCGAAGGCGGCGGUUGGUUGGCGGCGGCGGCGCGAGGCGCGGGACAUCACGCGCACGCCGUGCGCGACGUCGGCGCGUGCCGAGGAACGGGAAUGGUGCAAGUGUGGCGCGUGGAGACGGGAAGGGGGGCGAACGGGACGGUGAUGGUGAAAGGGCUGACGCACGCGGGGGGGUGCGCUUUGGACGUAAAGUGGUCGCCGACGAUGGAAUUUUUAGGAGAUCGGGCGACGGAUGACGCCGUGGGGGCGCUGGCGGUGAGCUCGGGCGAUGGUGAGGUGAAGGUGUGCGUGGUGGAGGUGACGAAAGGGGGAGAGAACGGGGUGGUCGAAGAGGCGAAGGCGGAGUUCGUCGGCGUCGUGCCGAAAGAGUACGGGGCGCCGUGGCGGUUGGAUUGGAACGCGGUCGUUCCGGGACGUCUCGCCGCGGGAUGCACGAGUGGGCGAGUCGUCGUUUGGGAUAUUGACGAGAAAUCGCUCGGUGGCGCGCCGACGUAUCCGAAGUUUGUCGUAGCGGCGGCGGCGCAGGCGGGACCGUGUCGAGCCGUGCGAUGGCCGCCGCGAGAGUUCGCCGAAGACGAGUCCGUGUGCGCGAACAUCAUCGCGUGUGGGAACGAUUACGCGGUGAAGCCGCAGUUAUUUGAUCUGCGCGCGCCUUUCGCGCCGAUCGGUGAUGCGUACGAGCGAGGACAGCCGUGGACGCUCGACAUGGCGUGGCUCCCCAGAGGCACCCUCGUGGUGGGCUUUGAAACCUCCGAUCGAUCGUCGGGGAAGAAGAAAGGUGCGACGAAGAUGCUGGUACAACAGUUUGAUCUCACGGCGAAUGCCUCGGACGAUGGAGCGCGGCCUUCGACGCAGCACGCCGUGCCAGGGCGAGGCUCUCCCUGGAGCGUGGACGCUCGCGCGAGCUCGGAUCCAACCUCCGCCGCCGCCAUGGUCGCCUGUGCGUCGUCAAAUGGCGUCAUAUGUGUGUCUCCGAUGCGAUACGUGAGUAGAACCAUUAAAUCACGACCCGACGUGUUCGAUACGUGCGCGGGAAUGCUAGCGUAUGACGCGGCGACGAAUCGCGUCGCGGAUGCCAACCCGGUGACGCCGCCAGAGUGCUUCGACUUCAUCACCUCGAGCGAGCAGGUCAGCUUGAAGGGCGGGACGGAUUUGUUUCCCACCGAUCGUGCGGCGAUGCCAGGGACGCGAGAAACACCGACGACUGCACAACAUUGCGUGCGAUGGUCGAAGGAUGAGAGCGGCGGUUGGUGGCUCGCGAGCGCGGGCGAAGCCGGCUUCUUGCGAUUGCAAAGGUUCGACGGGAAGUGGGUGGAAGAUAAAAUAGCCAAACUCGAGCGCGCGCAUCGGGGCGAUUGA